GUCAGCUGUGAGACUAUGGCUAAAGGACUGGAGCGAGGGGAUGUAGCUCCUACAUACAUCAUUUCGUUAAAUAAACAGCCCAGACACAAUCAUGGGUUUAUUUCAAGCGCGAGGCCAAGCAUGCCUGUGUACUCCGUACCUUGCUAUGAAACCACAGACCAAGACGCCCUGCAGGGCCCAGGUGACAAGCCCCUCAAUUCAAGGUCAUCUGCAUCAACUUGAAUGCCACUCAUUGAACUCUCUCGCCACAACGCAACAGGUAGUCACAUAUCUCCCUGGCUAAUUUGGGCUGUCUCCUGGGGUGCGACUAUCAUGAACUUCCCUCCCAGCGCAUGUCGCGCAAACCCCUUGACCUGACUCAAGUAAAUACUAGUUAUCUUGGUGAACAAAUGAUCCUAUGAUCGCCCAGCAAUUUGUACAUAUAUUUUGUUAGCUUAUCGGACUUCAUGGCUCUGGAAAUUAGAGCCAGCGCAAUCAGGUUACGAGAUCAGUUCUGAUUUUAUUGACAUCUACGGAGUACAGAGUACAAUUUACGUGUAACUUCGGAGACGGAUGUCAGUAGUUAACCAGUUAACCGGUUACUUAACUGACCAACCUAGGCUUCACCCAUGAAUUCUCUGGAUAUCCAGCUUAUUCACAAAGAGAAAACAAUUCAAUUUUGGCGGGAAGUUCACUAGUGUUGAAAUCAUUUACUUGUCCAGGUCUGCUGGAACCCUCGUUUCAAUAAUAAAUUAAGAAUUGUGUGCUGAUGAUUGACAAUGUGAAUGACUUUGCCAUCGUCCUCCCCCUCUUAAGGCCCAAAUAGAAUUUUCAGUUUAACGCUACCGCCACUAGUAAAUAAGUUCCGCCUCCCACAGCAAAACUCCUCUGGUACGAACCUGGUCCUGGCAGUUGGUUAACUAGUUGGUUAACUCGAGAGUUGACCUGAAGCCCCAGCAGCCCCCUCCGCAGCUGCAGGAUCCAAGAAAUCCUCCUUCAUCUCAUCCUGCAAACGGUGCUCUGAGGCCUCCAAAUCGAAUGGCGAACGAUCCCAGAGGCCGUGCCCCUCUCCCUGUGCCGUCCGGCCCUCCUCAUUUGCAAAAUGGCCAGCCACGAUCUGUCCCUUCAUUUGACAUGGCCCGCAGCCCUCCGAAUCCACCUCCCAGCAAAAAUACUAAACAUGUGCCCUGCAAAUUCUUCCGCCAAGGAGCCUGUCAAGCAGGUCCCGCGUGUCCCUUCCUUCAUUCUACGGAUUCUGCCGUUGAUUCCGCGCCGUGCAAAUACUUUACAAAGGGAAACUGUAAAUUCGGAGCAAAAUGCGCUUUGGCGCAUAUCUUGCCCGAUGGUCGUCGAGUGAACAGGCCGAAUAUUGGAAUGGGGAUGAGUGGCGGUGGAAAUCUCAACUUGGGCGGACGCGUCAAUUAUCCCCCUUAUCACCCGCAAGAUUCGGCACUUGCGAAUUCCCUAUUAUCACAACAGCAGCAGCAGCAGCAGCAGCAGAUGAACGGUCAUGGCCCUCGGCUGUAUACAUAUCAAGAGGAUAUACAAAUGAUGCAUGGUCAACCUCAACCUCAACCUCCAAUGCAACCUCAGCCACCAUUUGAGAACAUUCCCAUUAUCGACACGGGAUUAGUGUCCGACACCGGUUCGAAGUAUGGAUCUCCGCCUGAAGAUGGCCGACGUGCUAUGUCGCCCAUCGGACGCUCUGCACUUGACGCUCCCCUUCCCGCUUCCUUCGAUAGUCAAGGAAUAUCUUACAUUGCUCGACAUGGCCCUGUUGCCUCAUCUGUCCCCUCGAGAUUUGGUUUUGAUCUUUCACCGACUCCUUCCAAUAGACCAGAUAUGUUCCGUAAUCUCCAUGAUCACACAUUUGGAUCGGAUUUGAAGAAAUUUUCGACUCUCAGCUCUUCGCCAGUUCUUAGCGGAGAUGAGGGAAACACUGCUCGCAUUAUGCAUUCGCAACGGGUAUCUCGACCGAAAAUGUUAUCAGCUAGUCUUCCCCGGCCUACAGUUCUGGACGAUUGGGAUGAUAAUUUUGCCAUGGAGGAGGAUUAUUUGCCCACAAACCUGCAUGAUGAUGUGUUAACUCCCCAAGAAAAAAUGAGGCGACUUUCACGGACGGAAAAUGAUUCUCAUGGUGCAAGAGACUUGAGUGGCCUAGGACUGCCACUUACGGGAUCAACCAAAGUGGGAUCACCGUUGGCGUCUAGUCCUUCUAGAUUCGGGGCGCUGUUCGCGAAGCAAAGACAAAAGAAAGAAGAAGAGAGUCAGUCAGCAUUGGGGCAUGUUGGAUCACCUCUCCGUGAUUCGACACUUAGUAUGCGAUCUAGCCCUGGUUUACGUCCGAUUGGCAGCCGUCCUGGCUCUGGCGACGUCUCACCGUUCAUCGCCAGUCCUCCACGUCAGCCCUCAAUGUCAAUGAUCACUCAGCAACUCAGCAGCACCUCAUUACAUCCUAAUUCAGCUCGUCAUACUACUGGAACUCGACUCGAUCGUUCGAUAUCAUCACCGAUGAACACAAGCAGAAUUGAUGAGGAACAAGGAGAUUUAGUGUUUUCUAUGGAGGAGGAGGAAAAUAAACGCAACAGCUCAUGGGGCGUGAAUAAGCCUGCCACAAACGAAGCAUCUAAUACCUCCAGAGAUGACACUUCGGCCACCGCAACGACACCCAAGGAUAUAGUAUACAAAAAACGAACAUAAUUGGGGCUGUGGCCUUUGAAGCGUAUCUUCAUUCAUGGAAGAGCAGUUGAAAUGCUGGAUGCUCUCCAAGAGAGCCCAGUAAUAUGUGUGUUGAACCUGAUUGGCGCGAUUUUGUUGGUCAACCCUUGUGGAAAUUUUCCAUUUCCUGUCCCCUCUGUUUCUGCCUACCCUGAAAAUCGACGCCAAAUCGAAUCAUCUUCUCAUCAUCUUCUUUUCUUCUUUUCCUCUUUUCCUUAUUCUAUUUCCAUAUUAAAUCCCAUGGCAGUUACUUCUGCAGCAGUUGUCCCCCUUAAAACAGACCGAAAAUUACCUCUGUCUUCCUUAAGUAAUGGGAAUAUGCAUUCAUAUCUUCCUUCAAUUCUUCUCCAUUUGUAUGUCCUGUCUAGUUUAUUACUACACUCUGUUUAUUUCCUUUCAGCAAGGUUGUACCUGCACAUAUGUAUUGCAUUGCAUAUUGUAAAUAUUUCGUUGUGUGUCAUUUUGUACUAAGCUGGUGGUGGCAUGGAUGGCGAUGCACAUUUCUACUAAAGCACUU